AUGUCAAUCAACGAAGAGGAGUACUUGCAGUUAGAGAAAGAAAUCGAUUUAAACGAUAUUGACUUCUCAGACUUGGAGGAGAAAUAUGAACCGGAUAUCGGAUUAGACAAUUAUAUCAUCGUGGAUGGCGCCCCCAUUGCACCGGAAUCUAAAGUCCCUGUAUUAACCAAAGUUCUUAGAAAAUUGUUUGGUACAGUUGGGGAGAUUGUCGACGGUGACGAAGGUCUUUACAUGCCAUUGGCCGAUGGGAAAUCAAAAGGAUACUUGUUUAUUCAAUACAAGACACCUCAAGAGGCUGAUGCAGCAAUCAAAAAAUUGCAUGGUAAGAAAUUGGAUCAAAACCAUAGAUUAUUGGUUAAUAAGUUCUCGGAUAUUGAAAAGUACGGUUCAGCUGGUGCCGAGUUUAAAGAACCGGAGGUGGAACCUUUUAAAUCACAUGGAUAUUUGCAUGGUUGGUUACAAGAUGCACAAGGAAGGGAUCAAGUGGUUACGCAUUACGGAGAAACUGUUGGAAUUAGCUGGAGCAAAAAGGGUAACGACCCAGAACCAGUUGUCGAGCCUAGAAAGGGAUUUACAUCCAAAUAUGCCAAGUUUUCACCAAAGGGUACUUAUCUUUUUUCAAUUCAUCCACAAGGUGUUCAAUCUUGGGGUGGAGCCGAUUUCCACAGUAUCAAGAGAUUUUUCCAUAACCAAGUUAGACUUGUAGAUUUCUCGCCAAAUGAGAAGUAUAUGGUUACAUUGUCACCUGUACCAAUUGCGUUGCCAGAUUCUGCUGCUGACAGGCAACAAUUCCCAUUUGGACCAGAAAGCGAGGGCCACAAGUUGGUUAUUUGGGAUAUGAUUACUGGAGAGCCGGUGAGAACUUUUGCAUUACCUCCUCAUCUUGAACAUCAAAAGGAAAUGCCAUGGCCAUUAGUAAAGUGGUCUUUUGAUGACAAGUAUUGUGCACGUCAAGGUCCAGAUGCCUUGGCGAUCUAUGAGACUCCUAGUUUCCAGUUGUUGGAAAAGAAGUUGGUCAAGAUUGAUGGUAUCCAGGAUUUCGAAUGGGCCCCAGCAGGUGUUAAAUUGCACAAUAAUAAAGGUUCAGAGCUUGAACACAUUUUGUCUUACUGGACUCCAGAAAGUACCAAUCAAACUGCCAGAGUUGCUGUGAUGCAGAUUCCAAGCAGGCAGAUCUUGCGUACUGUAAAUCUUUUCCAAGUUAGUGAUUGCAAAAUGCAUUGGCAAAGUGAAGGUAAGCUUUUGUGUGUUAAAGUUGAUAGACAUACCAAAUCAGGUAAAACCACAUUCUCCAAUCUUGAUUUUUUCAAGUUGGGAGAAAAAGACGUGCCGGUUGAGAAGCUUGAGUUGAAGGAUGUUAUUGUCAAUUUUGGUUGGGAACCAAAUAGUGAACGAUUCAUCACCAUUAGUCGUUUAGAUGAUGGAGAUCCAAAUCCGGCCAUCCCAAAGAAUAGCAUUACAUUCUAUGCACCAGAGGCUGCUAAAGGUAAAUCCGGAAACUCGAAAUACAAGGCGUACAAGGUCAUUGAAAACAAACAUUCAAACACUAUUGCUUGGUCACCAAAGGGCAGAUAUGCUGUUGUUGCAACCAUUUCUCGUUCGUCAGGAGAAAUUGAGUUUUUCGAUGUUUCAUUUGAAGAUGAAACUAGUAAAAAGGGAGCUCCAGCAAAUGUCAAAUUGCUCAAGACUGACCAAUAUGUUGGGAUGACAAACAUCGCAUGGGAUCCUUCUGGUAGAUUUGUUGUUGCAUGGUCCUCCUCAUGGUUACAUGCUAUUGACAAUGGAUACAGAUUAUACGAGUUUACUGGUAGAUUGUUGAGAGAUGAAUCAGUUGAUCAAUUCAAGGAGUUUAUUUGGAGACCUCGUCCAGAUAGUUUGUUAUCGAGUGCCGAAAAGAAGAAGGUUCGUUCCAACUUGCGUGAAUACUCGGCGCAAUUUGAAGAAGUCGAUGCGAUGGAGGCAGACGCAGCUGUUAAGGAAGCCAUUUUGGCUAGAAGAAAGGCAUUGGAGGACUGGAGAGCAUACAGAGCCAAACAUGCCAACAAGAAGGCACAAGCCGCCGAGGUUAAAGCCGAGAUUAUUGAAGAGAUUAAGGAGCAAAUCAUUGAAGAGAAGGAGGAAGUUGUUGAAUAA